CCGGAGGACCGACCCAAAACCGCUUUUGUCCUAUUUGAGGGCACGUGGCAAUGGGUCCGGUGUCCCAUGGGAAUUUGUAACGCCCCUGCAACGUUUCAAUGGGCCAUGAAUAUGGCCUUCGCUGAGUUCGUUAACAAAACCCGACUGACCCAGCCCCUGAUCAAUUUCUGCGUGAUUGUGUACAUGAAUGAUAUUUUGGUAUUUUCAAAAACACACGAGUACCACGUGGAACACAUUGAGUGGGUUUUGCAUGCACUAAAAGAUGCGGGGUUCAAAGUGGCCUUGGAGAAAAGCGAGUUCUUCUUGUCAGAGAUCUCAUUCUUGGGGUACAUCGUCACGAUCGAUGGACUAAAACCAGAUCCGAGGAAGGUGGCAGCAGUUCAAGACGCCCCGGCGCCGGUCACACUCACCCAGGUUCGGGCUUUUCUAGGGCUGGCAUCCUAUUACCGACGCUUCAUCAAGGGGUUCGCCGGUAUAGCGAAGCCCCUCACGAACCUGCUGAAGAAAGAGGAACAGUUGAUCUGGACGCCGGAAUGCGAAGCGAUGUUUCAGGCGUUGAAGGAGGCUCUGACACCUGCUCCCGUGUUGGCGCGCCCCGACCCGACAAGACUGUUCGUGUACACAGACUGGCAGCCUCAGGCGAUAUCGACGGUGCUGACUCAGCACGGGGCGGACGGAAGGGAACACGUCAUUGAGUAUGUGUCCAAGACGCUGAGCCAGGCGCAGGCUAAUUACGAAGCGUGCAAAGGUGAAUGCCUGGCGGUGGUGUGGGGGAUCCAGCAUUUCCGACCGUAUCUUUACGGCCAUAAAUUCGUGUUGGUAACGGAUCAUCAGCUGCUGUUGUCCCUACGCAACAACACGGACUGCACGGGGACGCUGGGCAGGUGGGCGGUGCGUCUGCAAGACUAUGACUUCGACAUCGGCCACCGUGCCAUGCGGCAGCAUGGUAACACCGAUGGAUUGACGCGUCUCCUGCCGCCCAACAAGUGUCCCGCCAACGAGCGACUCAUUCCGUGGAGGCCAGAAGUUGCGGCGACGAAACCGCAAUACGGGGAGCUACACCUGCGCUUCGACAUUCAGCAGGUGAACGUGCCGGCACCCAGCGUUGCCGACUUGGCGGUGUACUCGCUCCUCGCGCAGCGGGUGACGUACGCGGGUGUCUAUGUGGACAUAUCGCCCGUGCCUGGCCAGGAAUCCACGCGAGUGUUCAUCGAGUUCCGAGCCAUCCUGGUGGCGAUGAACUUUGUGCACAGCGUCGCUACUCUCACCUGGGAUUUGACUGUCUUGCCCGGGCACGGUCGGGAGCUGGCGUAUAGAUUCUUGCGCGAUUACGCCCUUCAGCUCCCCUAUCCUAUGCACAACUUUCCCGAGUACCUAGUGGAGCUAACGGACGUGGAGCAGUUGCCGCCCGCCGACGAGGACGCGUGGGAGCUGCAUCGGGCGCUGUAUUCAUCGGUGGUGCUGGGCAUGUUCACAUUCUUCGUGGAGCACGAAGUUCAUAACGUCGGCGAAUUCCUCCACGUGUACUACGUGAUCGCCAAGCCAAAGCUGGAGCGGAAGGAGGGAACAGUGGCGCUUUAUCCUUUUGGGAGGAUCGGAACGAAUCGCCCGGGGCUCUUACAGCUCAUUCACAUCGAGCUGCUGUCCAUUGCGCAGGUAAUCGCCGCGGAAGAAGAAAACUUGCAGCUCAGACUACGGACCGCCUCAGCUCCGUGCAGAUCGUAUAACGCGGCGGUGAUACCUGACUAUCUGGCGCAUGAAGGGGAGUCCGUGGUGGACUUCGGGCACGAAGAUAAGCCGCUGCGGCCUCCAUCAUCGUAUCCAAAGCCGACGGCCUUGAAGGCACCAAGAAAGAGAACCGUCCCGAAGCGGCGAUGAAGUCCAUCACCGGAAGCUCAGGCUAGUUGAGUGGGGCCUGUCGAGGAGGUCGUCCAGCCUGCGCCGGUGCGCGAAGUUGAUCAGGUUCGCGAG